AUGGAAUAUUUAGCACCAGAGCACCAAGAUCUUGCUACACAGGGACUUGAUGAACUGCGAUCAAAGCUUCCGUCAGCUCAAGAAGAUGUACUGGAGAACGUGAAAGCGGAAGUGUGGUCAUUUCCCAGAAGCUUCAAACUAGCGCAAGAGAACAUGAGUAAAAACCUGCCAACAGCUUCACUUAUCUGGGAAUACAUGCUUGACAAGGCCGAGAACAAGCAACAGAAAUUUGCGAUCAUGAACAAACUCUUCCAAGUUCAGAUCGCAACCGGGCCAUGGAGAGCCGCUUUAGAGACAGCUCAGAGAUUNGGACUUGAUGAACUGCGAUCAAAGCUUCCGUCAGCUCAAGAAGAUGUACUGGAGAACGUGAAAGCGGAAGUGUGGUCAUUUCCCAGAAGCUUCAAACUAGCGCAAGAGAACAUGAGUAAAAACCUGCCAACAGCUUCACUUAUCUGGGAAUACAUGCUUGACAAGGCCGAGAACAAGCAACAGAAAUUUGCGAUCAUGAACAAACUCUUCCAAGUUCAGAUCGCAACCGGGCCAUGGAGAGCCGCUUUAGAGACAGCUCAGAGAUUAUUCAACGAAACCAUUGCGGAGUACUCAUCGGAGAAUGCGAGUCGACAGACAGCAACCGAAGGAGGUUUGGACUCUCUUCUGACAGCGCCGCAAUUAUUCGAUGCUUGUCUGGAUCUGGGGUCGAUACAUCGUCUGCUUAAAGAACUAAACAAGGCGGAACAGUUGUAUCAGAAGGCCUGGGAAAUUGCUGUGUCCAUGAAGGAUUUUAAAAAAGAAACCUUAGCUAAGAUACAUCUUGCAGUCUGCCUUCUCGAUCGUGGAGAACUAAAAGAGGCCAUUAACACCUACUUUGAGCCGCUGAUGGUGUUUAAAACCGCCAUGAAAAAGCACACAAGAGCUCUUUAUCUACACUACUAUGGUGGUGCAUGCCGGUCUGCGGCAGACUGGGGCAGAGCUAAAGAGUAUCUCCGGGAGGCCCUGGAUCUAGCAAAAGAAGUGAAGGAUGUCGGGCUUGUGUCGAGCUGCUGUGGUGAGCUGGGUAAUGUUUUCAGAUCGGAAGGAAGAUACAAAGAUGCAGAGAGACUUCACACAAUUCAUCACAACUUCGCUUUGAACAGAGGAGAUGUUCAUGGCCUGGCAAUCUCCUGCGGUAAUAUCGGCUUCUUGAAGUUUUACAAUCCUGAGGAGUUUGACGAUUCUGUAAUGUACCAGUUCAUUGAAUACUCUCUUGCUGAACAAGUGGGUGAUUUUGCUCGCACGGGCAUCGCAUUCAACAAAAUUGGAAAGCUUUAUACAACAAUAGGCUACAACGAAGAAGCCGUUACCAUGUUUCAAAUUGCACUGAAUGUCUCUCGAAGGGCCAGCAACGUCGCAGGUGAAGGAAUGGCGUGGGGAAAUCUAGGCACAGUUUACAGAGCGUUGGAAAGAUUCGAAGACGCUAUCGCUUGCCAUAUAAAAUACAGAGACAAUGCUGAAAGACGGAUGGACAUCGGUGGAGUAGCCAUCAUGCAGCAUCAGUUAGCAAUGGAUUAUCUGCUGAGUGGAAAGCUACCAGAAGCAGAGAGAUCCAUUCUCAACGCGUUUGAAACCCUGGAAAAGAUCCGUGCACAGAUCGGCGAGGAAGACAAAUCAAAGCUGUCGAAUUUUGAGAAGAAUCAAGCCGAAGCAUACAACCUGUUACAAGUUGUUCUCGUCGCCCAACUGAAGUAUAAAGAGGCGUUAGUAUUGGCGGAUACCAGCCGAGGAAGAGCACUGGCCGAAAUUGUUCGUAAGCGAUUACACGGAGAUAAAUCCGCUGAAAAAGAAACGACUUCUCUGAAUGAAGAAUUUAUAGAAGAAUCCUUCAAUAACCUGCUGGAAGUCAGUCGUAAACUCUCCACAACGUUGGUUUUUUACUCCGUGGUGAAAGAAUUUGACGAGUCUGGAGCGUUCUACAGUUGGGUCUACGCAUGGGUAUUGUAUGGUUAUGGGUAUUUCACCUUGUAGUCCGUGUCUCGAAUCCCCUUCUCUAAAAUCUUGCAUCCACCUCAGAAGCUGAAUAUCUGCCGUCCCUUCCUGUCGCCUGUUGCAGAGGGAGGAAGCCACCAGAUGAGACUGCUGAAACUCAGGCUUCAGAGCAGUUCGAGUUUGGACGAGUUGAACAGUUGUAAAAACGGACAUUUCUAAACGGCUCUUACGGAUCAAAAGUAAACUCUCUCUUCCCUUUGCCUCUUACACAGACGUCUACCGUCAUGCACAGAGACCCAUUAAAUAAGGCACCUGGUGUUUGGCAAGUACGUUUAUAUGCAUCCACCUAAAAAGUGUGUCUUGCUCGUGUACGUGUCUCGCUCGUGUAUCAAUAUGUAGUCAAUCAUGUUGCCACUAUCUUCAAACUUUUAAGCAAUGACUUCUGCCUCUCUGUGUAGGUCUGUCACGCGCAUUUCUGGCGGCUGGCGCGGCUUGCGUGAUUGUCACGCUCUGGAAGAUUGACGACCGAUCCGCUUGUGAACUCAUGACAUACUUUUACCGAGAAUACAAGGCUUCCCGUGAUGCUGCGGUGUCGUUGCAGAAGGC